AUGAGCAUGGAGUGGUCAAAAAAACGAAAGAAAGUGAGUUUUUAUUAUUGGAAAAGUUUCAAACCUAUUGAUUUUUCAGCCAACUGACGACGAGGAGGCCAAAUUGAAUGAUGCUCUUCUGGAGUUUCAAGCUGAAUUCGGACAACAGUCAUCGUCGACUCAGCCGAAGACUUUUCUUAGAGGAAAUGUAGUUGAUGGCAACAAAUCGAGUGAGUUUAAUUUGCCUCAAUCAGGGAUUAAAGCUGAAAGUUCUGUAUUUUCAGUGAAUUCGGGAAGCGAAGGGAAUGUGUACGCCCCAAAGUUCUCGAUGUCCAUCCCGUCGAAAACUUCAAAUAUUGGCUCGAAAGACUUUGAUGAAGCUAAAAAACUUGCUGCCGCAAAGGUUAGUUUCUUGAUUUCAGUCCACGUUAAUACUCUGUGUUUAAAAUUCAGGCUCGUCGAAUGUUGGAAGAUGCGGCUCGGAGCAGGAACAUCGCAGUCGUUCCGAAGGUUGUCGUCCCAACUACAAGGCCUCAGCAGAGACCUCCGAAGCCGGGAAGUUCAAAGGCGAAGCAGGAAAAGCCGAAGAUCAGUCAGAUGGAGCAGUUCAAAAUGGAAUUGCAAAGGUAUUGGGCUGAGGAUGCUCUAGACUGAGAUUAAACAGAUGCUUCUCAGAGUGCAAGAAGAACGUGAUAAACGGAAAGAUCUGCGCCAACACCUUGAAAAGGUUGGAAUGGAUCAAGCAGUCGUGGAUCGGUUGGCUCCGACCGUAGAGCGUGGAUUCCAGGGAACGAGCGAAUUCGACGACGAUCCCUACACGACAAACGUUUAUGUGUCGAAUAUUCCGCAUUCUGUAAGCUUAAUCAUAACAGGAUUCAGAAAAAACGUAAAAUCUCAUUCAGGUGACUGAAGAAGAUCUUCUGUUCACUUUCGGCUCGUUCGGUCCGUUGGCGGCGCUAAAGAUUUUGUAUCCGAGGAGUGAAGAGGAGAAACGGAGGCCGCACAUUUGUGCUUUCGUCGCAUUUAUGUGAGUGUGCAGUUCUUCAAAAAUGCGUUUCAUUUCCGAAUUCAGGUCUCGCGUUGACGUGGAGCGGUUCAUGGCAGAAGUACGAGUGAUAAUCAUCCGCAACGAACCGAUCCGCUUCGCAUUCGCCCGUCCCGUCCAGAUACCCCAAGUGCCCUACUACACUCCGCCUCCGCUCAAAGCCCUCCAGAACCCGGAUCCUCCCUCCGGACUUCCGUUCAACGCCCAACCGGAUCGAGAUCAAGCUCAAAAGUUCAUCGAAAAGUACAAAUCGUUCCCUCCGCUGCACGCGAUUCCGUUGAAAGGACAAUAUGGAUUUGACGACUACACGGAGCUCAUCAAGAAUUCGCACAUUCGAGUUGUGAUCCCGCCCGAUCGGAUGAUGGUCAAGAUUAUGGAUCGGACGGCGGUGGCGGUGGUCUCCGAGGGACCGCAGUUCGAAGCGAAGAUCUGUGCGAGAGAAUUCACGAAUCAAAUGUUCCAGUUCCUUUGGGACAACACGCACGCUCUGCACGUUUACUAUCGAUGGCGUAUCUUCUCGUUGCUUCAAGGAGACUCUCUGACCGAAUGGAGAAGGGUUCCGUUCAGAAUGUUCGAAAAUGGAUCUUGGUGGAUUCCCCCUUACCCAGCAACCGAACUACGAGACUCCAUGCCGAAAGAGCUGUAUAACUUAAAUUGUCUGAAAAUUUAUCCAGAGAGAUGGUUGAAAGUGAAAGAUGGAGGACAGAGAAGAGGCGGUGAGAAGCUGCCGAAGAAGCCAGUCAGCGACGACGAAGAAGACGACGAAGAUCGGAGAAAGAAGCGGAAAGAGGAGAGGAAGAUGGAGAAGGAGAAGAAGAAAAAGAGCAAGACGAGGAUGUCGAGCAAGAGAAGAGAUAAACUGGAAGGGAUAAUUAGGGAUCUAACGCCGGAGAAGAUGUCAAUCGGAGCGGCGAUGGUCUGGUGCAUUGAGAAUGCGUCGUAUGCUGCGGAGGUCGCCGAGUGCAUCUACGAGAGUCUGACCAUCGACGAGACGCCGCUCUUUAAGAAGAUCUCGAGACUCUACCUCAUCAACGACAUCCUCUCCAAUUGCGUGCAACGUACGGUCCGUGACGUCUUCCUCUACCGCUCUCAUUUCGAAGCGCUUCUCGAGCGAAUCUUCAUCGCCAUCGGCAAAACGUACCGAUCGAUUCCAUCCCGCAUAAAACAAGAGCAGUUCAAGCAGAGAGUAAUGUGUGUGUUCCGGAACUUUGAAGAAAUGGCACUGUAUCCAGUGGAUAAACUCAUUCAUAAUCAGAAUGUGUUUUUGGGAUUGAUUGAAGUGGAGAAGAAAGCGACAGACGAGAGGAAAAGCGAAGAUGAUGACGAGGGUUUGGACGGGAUUCCAUUGGAUGUCGUCGGAACAAAAGGACAACGAGACGAAGAAGACUAUGAUAUCGACGGAAUUCCGUUGGACGAAGUCCCCAUUCCGAGCACUUCCAGCAGAAGUCAACCAGCCGUUUCGCCCAAGUUCAGACCUGUCGAGAAGCGCCCGAGCUCCCCGAUCUUCUCCUCGAAAUGGGAAGACGACAAUCGGAGGUCGAGCGGAUCGGACGAAGACAUUGACGGCGUUGAAAUCCUUGCGGAUGACCCGCAACCGAAUGAUUCAGAGGAUGGAAAGUACGGUCUGUCUCCCGGAGAGAUAAAGGAUUCCUCGUUGUACGGAGCGGACGACGAACGACGUCGGAAGCUAAUCAGAGACGUCGAGGUCCGAGCGAUAGCCAUGUUGGACGAUUUGGAAGCGGACAGAGAUCCAGAUGCGAAGCGGAAGGUCGAUGAGUUCAGACGAAAGGAAAUGGAGAAGGUGGAAUACAUUCUGAGGACGGAGGAAGUGAAUCCCGAGAAGAAGGAGAAAAAAGAAAGGAAAAGGAAAAGGUAGUUGUUAGAGCUUCUCUAACUCUUCAUGUUGAAUUCAUUCCAGAAGCCGUUCGCGUGAUCGCGAUCGUGACCGCAGUCGCCGCGACCGAUCGAGAGACAGGGACCGUUCCAGAGAUCGAGAUCGUGACCGGGAUCGUCGGGACCGUGACAGGGAUCGAGACAGAGAUCGUGACCGAGACAGAGACCGACGGAGCUACCGAUGA